AUGAGGCGAAGCGAAUCCCCCCAGCUGCAAGUUUGCGAGCUUGCCUGUCCCUCGCCAAGGAAUACAGGCAAGACGCAAACAACCACAGAAACAAUGCAAGUUUUCAGGACACCAAACAGAAACCACCCUUACCGUUUCCUCUCUGCUCGGCACGACUCGAGCCCUCUGUUUUACACCCUACCACCUUCGGCAGCCAUCUCAUACUCAGCUCCAGUCAGAGCCCAGGAUACCGGCCAGGACAGGCAGACCUCGGGUCUCCCAGCCGGUACGAUUAUAGCGAUCGUCUUCUGUGUGCUUAUCCUAACCUUCCUUGUCAUAGGUGUCUAUGCAUUUGCUUCGAGCCGCCCCCAGUCCCGGCGCGACUGGCGGAGCCUGCUGGGAAGUCGCAGCCGCACCUACGAAGACGCCGUCGCCACCACCGACGGCGAUGACAUCGAGAUGCAGGCGCCACGCCACACCAAACAAUCAUUGCUUGAGCAGCAGGACGAGAACCAGAGGCAGCACGUGAGCCAUCACGAGCAGCAAGGUCAGCAAGUUCAGCAACACGAGCAAGACCAUUACCAUGGGGAGGGGGCAGGGAUGGGGUACGACGACGGCGACGACGACAAGGAGGCACGGAUAGAGGUGGGAACCGCAAAGGUGGCCCGCAUCAGGCGCGUGCCGGCCGGGUCGGUGUCGAUCACGAACAUCGGGCGGGGCAAGGCGGCGGCGGUGCCGGUGGGUGCGUCACAGUCGGUGCGAGACGUCUUCUCGCUGCCGGACCUGGCGUGGGCGGAGACGCUGACAACGGGGGGCGGGCGCAGGCCUGGGGCGAUGGUCCCCAUCUCCUUCCCGCCCAUGACAGGUCCAGCCCCAGCCCCAGCCCGAGCUUCAGCCCCAGCCGCAGGCAGCGGCACGGCUGUUCCCGUCUCGUCGUCAUCCGGGAGCAGAAGCAGCAGCGUGCGGUCCAAGGAGGGGUUGCAGGAGAGGAGCGACUCGCGCAGGGCGGUCAAGAGGAAGGCCAUCAGGGAGUGGUGUGCGCGCGGCAGCGGCGGCGGGCUUGGGCCGUAUUCCGCGGCCUACUGA